GGCCUGUAGGUGGCAGAAGAAAACAGCCAAUGAAGAUUGGUAUACGUCAUGACGCCAGACGCAUGUUUGGAAAAGAAGCGCGAGAGAAAGAAAUGUCCGCCCCGGGUUUGUUUACAAAACUUUAUCAAGUUUAGCGAGGAUGUCGUUGUUGAAGCCUUUUAGUAAACUCCCUGGUCUGAACACAGCGAACAUCUUGCUGGUGGAGAGUGAGGAGCAAUUUCAGCAGAGUUUAGCAGAUGUUCUGGUGGAGGAGACCAGUGUCACUGUGAACGUGAGACUAGCUAAGAGCCUUCCUUUGCCCAUGGAGAAUGAUGAGAGUCGUCCCAGAAUAGACUUGGUUGUGUUCAUCAUCAACCUAACUUCAGAGCUCAGUUUCCAGUCAGCAGAAGCGUCCCUGAAAUAUUUGGACCCGGGAUAUUUCCUUGGAAAAGUUUGCUUCAUGGUUACGAAUGCUCGGAGUGCUUCCGCCCCCGCUGAGCGCCUGGAUGCUGUCAGGAAGCUGGCUGCGUCGCUCCACUGUCCCCUGUUGUUUGCGGAGGAUCAGGUUUGUAGCAGUCUGGGUCACAAACACUGA